CUAGCUACAAGACUUUUUGAAUAUGCAUUUAUUGAAAUGUAAUAAAACAAUACCAAAUAUUAAUUUGACAGUCUGACUUGAAAUGUUUUUCAUUAGAAAAAUAAAUUUAAUUUAUUUAAAAUUCUCGAACUGUUAAGUUGCUAAAAUGUUAGGAUGCACUAAUAGUUUACCGGUCAAACUAAUGGUGUUGACUUUCAGCUGACAUAUGGGCUAAAUUGUUUUGAGAUAGAGCUGACAUAUGAGCUCCACGUGUCAUAAUAUCUAACAUACGGGUCAAACAAGCGGUGUUGACUUUCAGCACCUCAUCAACGCUUACAUGCAGGCCACCCCUGUCACUAUCGGGUUUAAAAUGGCCAGUAGCAUAACAGAAAUGGUAUUUUUUCCCAAAAAUUAGACUAAAUGUGGCAGUUUUUUUUUUGGUUUGUAAAGUGGUAGUUUUUUGCCACUAUUGGUCGAAUCAUGGUAGAUUGUUUAAAUACUCAUUCUAUAGCUACAUGUUUCUGAGUAUUUCCACAUCAACGUGCGGGGAAUCGUUUGGUUCGGUGCAAGCUUGCACAAAGUCAACUACGAUGUCGAUCAAUAUAAUUCCUUAAAUUAAUCCAUUUGCCACGAGUUCCUUAUCCAGCCGAAAUGUUAGAGGCUUCAGUUAGCCAGUCAAACAAGCUUUGCUUCAUCAUACAAGCUAGGAGUACAAGCUAGCUAGCUGCUAAUCACAUAUACAAAUGGAAGUCCGGGCAGAACUGAGUGAGUCUAGCUCGAGACCAGAACAAUUACUUUCCAUCCGUCCACCACAAUGGCGGUGGCGUCAACUCUGCCUGGGCAGCUCACGGUGGUGGCCGCUCUUCUUGCGCUGUCCGUGGCCAUCACGGUGUCGACGUCCCCUGCGACUGCGAACCGGAGCAGGUGCUACAAGCAUCUAUUCACCUUCGGUGACUCUUUCAUCGACACCGGCAACUUCAUCGUCCACAACUCCACUGAUUCGGGGCCCGUCCUGGAGUUGCCCUACGGGGAGACCUUCUUCGGCCACCCCUCCGGCCGAUGGUCCGACGGCCGCCUCGUCGUCGACUUCAUCGUGGAGAGGCUGCGGUUCCCGUACUGGCCAGCGUACCUGCAGGCGGCAGCCGCGAAGUCUCCGGCGGAGGAGUUCCGGUAAGGCGCCAAUUUCGCGAUGGUGGCCGCCACGGCGCUGAGCCAGGAUUUCUUCAUGAAGAAGAAUCUCAGCGUUGACUAGUUUCCACCGAUCCUCCCCUACUCUCUCGACGUCCAGAUCGGCUGGUUCAAGAAAGUGCUCGCCGUGCUCGCCUCCACGGACCAAGGUAACGCGUAGCUUGAACAAAAUCCGUGGCAUGCGUGGCGCCAUGGCCACCCAAACGCACUGACCAUGGAUAUUAUCUCCUACCACACCAUCGCGGCCAUGCACGUAUGCAGAGAGGAAGGAGGUGAUGGAGAGCUCGCUGUUCCUGGUGGGGGAGAUCGGGGCCAACGACUACAACCACCCCUUCUCGCGGAACAAGACGCUUGAAUGGGUCAGGCCCCUCGUGCCACAGGUCAUCAGCUCCAUCGCUCUGUCCAUCAAGGCCCUGAUCGAGCUGGGCGCCAAGACCAUGUACGUGCCGGGCAUCUUCCCGCUGGGGUGCACCCCGCCACUACCGGAAUCGCACCCUACGCCGACGGCGAGGGCCGUCGGCAUAGCCCUGAUAUGCCGUCGGGACAUGCCUAUGCCGACGGCCCCCGUCGGCAUAGGGCCGUCGGCAACAUAUCCGUCGGCGCAGCCCGGAAGGCUGUCGGCAUAGGAUCUAUCCCGACGGUGUUCGUGCAUCUAUGCCGACGGCCCUGGCCGUCGGCAACGUUCCCGUCUAACGGCGGCCGCCGUCAAGUGACGACCAAC